AUGUUUAGUACUUUGAAUCGGGGAUUGCGGGCUGUGUUGAAGCAAACUCAGGCCCUGGCUGGAAACUGGAUUCAAAACUCACAGACACGAGCAUGUGCAACUUUUCAACUACACAAGGACCAUCUUGGUGAGUUUGACGCGCAUUUUACGCAUUACCUCCCAGAGUUGUAACUCUUCACUCACAGUAACCUGCUUAUUCAAUCUUCAGUGCUUAACUAUGGGGGGGCAGGGAUGCAUUUCAACUACGUGUGGCUGAGAGACCACUGCCGCUCUGAGUCUUCAUACAACUCCAAGACCAACCAGAGAAACCUGGACACUGCCACUAUCGACCUCCAGAUCCGUCCUGAAAAGACCAGUGUGGAGGAUGGACACCUCGUCCUCACAUGUAAGCCACUGUAUUUAUCUACCAAAGUGAAUGUGUGGAAAUGAUUGUAAUAUGGUCUGUAUUUUCUGUCUGCACCUCAGAACCGUGCAGUGAAUAUAGCCUACAAGGCAGAUUAAAGGCAUGCAACUUAAAAUCUACAAUAUCAACUCUGCAGUGUUUAUGUUUUUGAGCUGAUUUACCAAAAUCUGUUCAAUGUUAUCCUCCUGCUAAAAGAGCAGACGGGUGAUAUAAAAGGGUAAUAUCAUGCAUUCUAAUGUGUCACCAACUUCUGCUACAACUUCAGCAGCCAGUUAAAAGAACAAUUACCACCAGUCUGACCAUGUCAUUGAAAACUGAACACACAGGAGCUUUGUAGUCAGACACUUAAUGGUAGAGUUAUUGUAUUGGUUGCAUUUAACUGCCCAUGUGUUGCUGUUGGAUUGAUUUUCUGCCAUGCUUGUGUGUGUGUUGUAUAGGGCUGAAUAGUUAUAAACAAUUAUCUCGCAUUCAUUUCUAAUGCUGCAAGCUGUGCAUGCUGCUUACAUACGAAAUAAAUGGAGUAUCAGGGCAUGCAUCACCUCUGGAUUCACUGAAAUGUAAUGCAUUUGAAUAGAAUGAGUAAGCUUGGUCCAAUAUCUUAAUGCAUCAUAAAGAAAAUCAGUCUUCUUAAAAUCCACGCACCAACCAGACAGUUAACUUACACAUUUAACUGCUCUGGUGAAAGUUUUAGGAUCAGAGCACCGAGAUAACCCAACCAUAAAAUAUGCAACAAAGAUUUUACAAUAUGUUACCAGGAAAGAAGAUGUUCUCUUAACAGAAAAGAAAGAAGUGGACUUUCGCCUCUGUAGUGAUAAUGUUUUAUUGUGCAGAAUAGGCUUUUGUUUGCUGAGUCAUCUUCAGGGUGUGGUCAGUUAAUGAAAAGUCUACAUGUUGGCACUGCAGUAGAGCUGGAGAACCUGACAGGCCUCUUCUUUUAGACAUUAGAAUACAUAUGGCCUGAAAUGACACUUGAGUAUGAGUCAGAGGGACAGUCAACCAAUCAACCCAAUACCAUGAUUGAAUGAAUACAAUGAUCAAUGCAUACAGAGAUGUAAGUAGUGAACUCAAAUAGGGGCUCAAAGUGUGUAGCUGCUAAAACACAAUACCUGUAGAACAGGCAAUAAGAAGACAGAAGACAGUAAGAAUUUGUAUCAUGACGGAUAAUAAACCUACAGAACAUCCCUUUUAUAGAGAUCAUUGUUCUGCCUUUCUUACCCUCAUCCUCCACCUAACCACACAAAAGAAGAAAAACCUCACAGCAAUCCCUCACUGAGCUGAUCCCUCUGGAGGCCUGAGCAGGCAGAGAUGAAUGUAAUUUCACCACCAGCCUCCCAACUGGUUGGAGUCAUCCUUUAUUAUUUUUCCGGGACUGUAUCCUCCUGCUCGUGCACACAGAGGGAUAAAAAGCCAUUAAGGGUUUAGCUGCAUAUCUAGGCUAAGAUGAAUACCUUGUAGCAGCAGCCAUGUGGGAACAGAUUCCUAUAUUCUCCUGCUUUUCAACCAUAUAUUGUUCCAAUGAUAGACCUAUCUGUAACAGGACCGAUUCAUUCAUUAACUGCCUCUUUACCAUCAUCAGCUUUACAUGUUGGUUCUCUAAAGUCAGAAGCAACAGCACUUGAAGAAGAAGGUGGAGCUGGAGAGGAGCAACUGGCUGAGAAAUGCUAAUUUAUACAAGCUUUGCUGCCUGGGCCUGUGGUUGAUGUAUUAGCUGAUGAAUGGGCGAGUUUACUCUUGUGUUUCUCUAAACAGGAGGAUUGAUGGUGGUUGCUGACCAGAGUUUUAUGUCCAUUAGACAAGAGAAACACAAGGAAUGGAACAGGCUGGCCUGCCUUGUGGUGGAGAAAGGAGUGGUGUGCUCAUUAGCCAGCUGACUUGACUUGAAGGAAAAGCUAAGAUUCCUGACUGCUAUGCUGUUCACCGGCAGCCUCAAAAAAUCAAAGUGUAUCAAACACUGAAAAACCUAAAGGUCAUGUGCAGUCAGCACUGAUGCAGAUAACAGAUGAUUGUUUUUAAGAUAAGAGUUAAGCAAGAGAUUUUGUGUAGUAAUUAGGUGAUGUAGUGGAUCAGAGUCUUGACAGGGUGAGCAGGUGUGCUGACCUUUGUUAUGGAUCUUUUCAGUUCUACUAUAUGAGUCUGAUUGUUUUGAAGUAACAACUUUGUGCUGUUGCCAUACUUGACCAGGUCUCCAUUGGAAAGGAAAUGUCUGAUCUAAAUGGGACUAACUUGGCGAACUUAAGGUUAAAUAAAAAUGAAAAUAAGAUUACAGUAACUCUGUAACUCUGCUUCAAAUGAAACUCCUAUUGCAAUAGAUUCAUAUUAGCCUUAUAAUGAAAAUAAACAUUUAACUGAAUAUUUCAACUCUGGGUCAAGUUAAAACACUUGCCUCCUUAUUUUCUACAAUUCGCAUUUAACCUAAACUCUUCGUCCGUGUCGUUUUCUUUCGCUUCAUCCGGGUCCGGGUUGUGGGGACAGCAGCUUCAGGAGGGAAGCCCAGAUGGCCCUCACCCCAGCCACUUCCACCAGCUCCUCUAGGGGGAUUCCCAGGCCAGGCAAGAGAUAUAAUCCCUCUACCUGGUCCUGGGCCAGUCCGAGCUCCUUACCCUAUCUCUAAGGCUGAGCCCGGCCACCCUGCGAAGGAAACCCAUUUGGGCCGCUUGUAUCCGCAAUCUUGUUCUUUCCGUCAUUACCCAAAGUUCAUGGCCAUAAGAAUCGGCACGUAGAUCGACCGGUAAAUCGAGACCACCAAACCAACCAAAACUAAAUAUGUUUUUUAGCUUACAAACCUAGCAUGCUGGAAAAGACUAAUGUGUUGCCACAGUGUCAACUGGCAGAAGUGAAAUAUGUUUGACUUCUUUAUGCUGGUUGAUCUGUAAAAAUGUGUGUGAUCAGGUUUUCCAUGGUGUUACUGUUGCUGUUGAGAUUUAAUCAGUUGUUGCUGGGUUUUGACUUACCAGAGUCAGGUAUUUAAUACCGAUGGUAAAUAAGUAAUCUUUGAUUUUUACUCUUUGGAAUUAAAAGGACCACAGUCUUCUUUCACAGCCUGUUAGCUCAAUAACAAGUUUGGCACACAAUGUAACCACAUCCAAAGUUAAGCCUACUGACCCAAUAAACUAUGUUGACAUGUUGACAUAAACAUGACCUAGAGGUCACUCAAAGCAGGCACAUUUAUUUUUCUUUUUUGACUUGAUAUUCAACCAAAUAAACUUUUCCAAAAGAAAGAAAAUUCAACAACUACAUUUUUUUAAUUCUACCAGGCUGUGAACGCUCUUGUAUGUAGUUUUAAAGUUGUGCAUCAUAAUAUAAGAUCCCAGCACACCUUCGGGGCAGGCCUCAAGUGGCCACCGGAGGAACUGCAGUCUGUUCACUUCAAUUUUUCAGCACUGAGGUCGCCGCCUGCCUGUAUCUCCCACAAUGAAAACUCUCGGAUGAGAUUCAUAAUAAGCAGGAAAAUAAUCAUAGUGCUUGAUCAUUAAGUUUUACGAACGAGGAACAGAUAUAGAUAUGAGGAGCUUUUAAUAACACAGCAGUGCUCUCAGAUUCAGGCAGAUAAGAGGUGCAGGGCUGUCUGUUUUGCUUACAGGAUGCUACUUAGAGACAGACUAAUGUUUCCCCCAGGGCUCCACUUUUGUUUGGUUGUUGCGUUGUUAGUGUAUUUUUAGGAGUGCACAAGAGUGGCUCUGAAGCUUAAAUAAAGGCACAAAUGGGCACCCGUCAUCCUCGAGACAUUUGAUGAUGCAUGCUCUCCUGUGGGCAGACUGGCACUCUGUCUGUGGUUUGUACUCAAGGUCAGCUAAGUCUGGUUGAACACUGACCUUCACUGGCUUGGUUUGUUGAAUGCUCAAUCUCACUGAUGCAGUAUUAAGCUGCAAACCUUUAUUAAAGCCUAUUUGCAUAUUUGUCUUUUAUACCAGUCAAAUUUAGAGCAAUCAUUCCAAAAUAAGAAAAAAAAAAUCCACUUAUGUGUUUCAGGGCCUGGUGGUCAUGUGACAAAGUACAGCCUGAGCUGGCUCGCUGAGAACAGCUAUGAGGCAAGGAAGCAGAAUCCUGUCCAGCCUCGCAUCCUGUGGAACGCAGAUAUCUAUAACAAAGCAAACGUACCUGCUGCCAAAUGGGACAAGUUCAUGAGCUGUGAUGAGGAGCUGAAGACGUUUCUGCAGAACUACCUCCUCUAUGGGUUUGCUUUUGUAGAAGGUGUCCCAGCUACUCUAGAGGCCACAGAGGCAGUCACCCAGAGGGUCAGCCUUAUCAGGUAGUAAGAGGUCCUUUUUUCUUUGAAAUGCAUGUAACCUUUUGGUAAAAAAGGGUUUGGAUUGAAGUAGUGGAGGAGAUGUUACAUCCUGUUCAUUUACUCCUGUAUCAUUGUGUUUCUUAUCACAAGAGAGACGACAUAUGGAAAAAUGUGGAGUUUGAUUGCAGAUUUCUCCAGAGGAGACACAGCCUACAGCACACUGGCCUUGGAUCGUCACAUUGACACUACAUACUUUUAUGAGCCAUGUGGGUAGGUGCAGAACUUGUUGAACUUAUUGUUGGUGACAUAAAACAAAAGACCUUUGAAAAGCUUCUCGAAACAUCAUAUUUUAUUCCCCUUAGCUGAUUUAUCAUUAAAAAAAAGCCUUUGAUAAAUAGCAAUAAAAACAUAUUUCAUCGCUUUUUAUCAAACUAAUAAAUAUCCUGAUUACACCUGACUUGAUUCUGCUGAUUGUUGCUGCAGGAUCCAGGUUUUCCACUGUAUCCAACAUAACGCCACUGGGGGAAGGACCCUGCUUGUGGAUGGGUUCUACGCUGCUGAACAACUACGGCAGAAGUCUCCUGAAAACUUUGAGCUGCUGUCACGUCUUUCUAUUCCACACGAGUACGCUGAAAACACAGGGACUCAUCGAAACCACAUGAUCGGCAUCGGACCUUUGCUCAAUGUCUAUCCAUGGAAUAAUGAAAUGUACCUGAUCCGGUAUGUCAACCAUACAUUCAGUGCCAUCUUAGUCAUGUUUGUGUGUUGGUAAAUUGCAUAUACACAUGUUGAGUGUUUUUAUUUUUCAAAUGUUUAAAUGUUAAAAACGUUAUUACCUUCUUUUAACAGAUACAACAACUCGGACCGGACAGUGAUAAACACAAUUCCUCAUGACCUGGUUCAGAAGUGGUACACGGCACAUCGAGAGUUGACUACAGAGCUUAGACGGCCAGAGAACGAGCUCUGGGUCAAACUGACCCCAGGAAAAGUAAGGAAGCAUCAGUUUAUGUUGAUCAUUUACAGCUGAAGCAUUAAUGGAAGUAAAUGUAGAGUUACAAAUACAAGUGUAGUGUAAGGAUUUUACUCUCUUUUGUCUUAACAAGGUCAUUUUCAUUGACAACUGGCGGGUCAUGCAUGGGAGGGAGUCUUUCACUGGAGUGAGGCAGCUCUGUGGAUGCUACAUGACCAGGGAUGACGUCCUCAGUAAAGCGCGUGGCUUUGGUCUGCUGGCCUGA